CUUCGGCACUUCAAUGUUAUUAGUCUACUUGGGUAUUGUUUCCACAGUGACGAGCACAUAUUGGUGUUCGAGUACUACGUAAAUCGAAGCCUUGACUUGUAUAUUUUUGGAAGUAUCGAAAGCUCUAAGCUAAGUUGGAAAAUAAGACACAAAAUAAUUCAAGGAAUUGCCAGAGGUAUGAUGUAUCUCCACCACGAUUCAUGUGUAACGAUCAUCCACCGCGAUUUGAAAGUAAGCAACAUCUUGCUUGAUAAAGAGAUGAAUCCCAAGAUAUCCGAUUUUGGGAUCUCCCGGCUAGUUAGUAGAGAGCAUAUUAAAACCAACACGAAGAAGGUAUCUGGAACCAUGGGAUACAUAGCUCCCGAGUGCUGGUCUGACAAGAUAUUCACAAAAAACACCGAUGUCUUUAGUUUCGGAGUUGUGAUUCUUGAAAUUAUAAGCGGCAAGGCGAACUAUAAGUUCACCAACUCUAAGGGAGAGACUAGUCUCCUCACAUGCAUGUGGAGGAACUGGGAAGAAGAAAGCUUGCUUGAGGUAGUUGAUCCAUCCAUUAUGGAUUCAUCAUCUUCACCGUUAACAAUGAUUCAGAUCGUUCGAUGUACCCAAAUUGGUCUAUUAUGCGUACAGGACAUCCCACAAGACAGACCUACAAUGUCCUCCCUUGUGGUAAUGUUUGAAAGUUCAACCGAACUUCCUCGUCCUAAACCUCCCGUUUAUUUUAAGUGUGCCACUACAUACAGUACUUUUGAGAUCGGUUCUACGUCUACGUCGACCACAGCGUCCUCCCUUGUGCGUGCAGAAUAUUCCACGAGACAUACCUACAAUGUCCUCCCUUGUGGUAAUGUUAGAAAAUUGAACAGAACUUCCUCGGUCUAAACCUCCCGUUUAUUACUGUGACACUACAUACAGUACUUUUGAGAUCGGUUCUACGUCUACGUCCACCACACG